CUUUUCUACUUAUUCGCCGAAACAAAAGAUCUCAGCUCCAUACGAUUUGAACCCACGGAAUCAAUUCUUGUUUAAACUUCUCAAAAAAAAAAAAUGAAACAAGAAGUGAUAUUUUUCUUGUUAGCCAUAACCUUGGCAUCGAUUCUCCGACCAUCGGAAGCAGCUCCGCCGGAAGUUUAUUGUUUGACAUACAGGAUAAGCAGAGUACCAGGAUGUUACGAUGCGCUGAGAUUAGCUGCGGGAAGAGAUUAUAGAUGGCUAUCAGUAGACUGUUGCAGAGCAGUAUACGCAACACUUCCUGAUACUUGCUUCUUGACACUUAAGCCUGACUUGGCGUUACCAAUUAAUGUCUUCAGAGUCAUUUGUAGUAAUACGGUCCCUGCAGCUGCAUAACCAAUUUUAUGAAUUUUCUCUAUCUUUCAAUGAUACGAUAAAAAAAGAUACUUAAAUAAAACUGUUUUAAUU